AUGGCAGUAAUUAAUACAAGCCACCCUGAGGAGUUCAUUCUACUGGGCUUUGCUGACCGACCUUGGCUAGAGCUCCCUCUGUUCAUUAUUCUUCUGAUCACAUACCCCAUAGCCAUGAUGGGAAACAUCGCCAUCAUCCUGGUAUCAAAGUUAGACCCUCAUCUCCACAGCCCCAUGUACUUCUUCCUCACCAACCUGUCCUUUCUGGACAUGUGUUACACCACAAGCAAUGUCCCUCAGAUGCUCUUUAACCUGGGAGGUUCUAAGACUAUUGGAUAUCUAGGGUGUGUAGUUCAACUCUAUUUCUUUCAUAUAAUGGGGGGCACAGAGUGUCUGCUCUUGGCCCUUAUGUCCUUUGACCGCUAUGUGGCCAUCUGCAGGCCUCUGCAUUACACCCUAAUCAUGAAUCAGCGCAUCUGCCUCCUACUAGUGUCCAUAGUGUGGCUGACAGGGAUUACCUAUGCUGUCUCAGAGGCCACUGUUACACUACAGUUGCCACUGUGUGGCAUCAAUGAACUGGAUCACUUGGUCUGUGAGAUUCCAGUUCUGAUCAAGACCGCCUGUGGUGAAAAGGAGGCUAAUGAGCUUGCACUCUCUGUGGUAUGCAUCUUUAUGUUAGCUGUUCCUUUGUGUUUAAUUCUUGCUUCCUAUGCUAGUAUUGGACAUGCCAUAUUUAAGAUGAAAUCUUCUGAGGGAAGAAAAAAGGCCUUUGGGACAUGUUCCUCUCACCUUCUUGUGGUUUUCCUAUUUUAUGGUCCAGCCAUCAGCAUGUACCUUCAGCCCCCCUCCUCCAUCUCCAGGGACCAGCCCAAGUUCAUGGCGCUCUUCUACGGGGUGGUGACUCCUACCCUCAACCCCUUCAUCUACACCCUGAGGAAUAAGGAUGUAAAGGGGGGAUUAGGCAGGUUGGUGAGGUACAUUUUUAAUUCCAUAAGACGGUUUGUGGACAUCAAGUGA